AUGCCUUCGAUUUAUCGUCCACAAAUCGAUGGAUCUAUCGAAAUUUUUUCCGACAAAAGUGAAUCGCUGUUACAAGACGAUAAUAGUGGUAGAGAUUCACCAAACUACGUUGAAAUUCAUGAAAAAUUUAUUGAAGAUUACAUGAAUCAAAAUAGUAAGCGAAUAAAGAGCUCAUCUUCGAUAUCCAAUAAAACUGAAGAAGAAAAUGAUUUACAAGGUGAUUUUCAGCAUACAUCGCCGUCUCCAUCCAGUAAUGAAACGUUUUCUCGCCGACCAAGUGCAAAAAAGUUGUUUGAAGUAAAUAAAUGGAGCGAACAACAGCUACAACUGAAGCAAAGAAGAUCACAUCCAAAGAACACAACGAAUGCAUCUGAACUACUUCAGUAUGAUGAAAUAAAAGCGGCAACCAAAGAACUCAAUGACGUAAGUGCAAGAUUUUACAAUACUUUUUUUUACUCUUGUAUGAAUUGCUGACUUUUAAAUUCGUUUUACUUCGGGAAGAAACGCAUACUCAUUACUUCUAAGAUAUAUAUAUAACAGAUUGUUAGUUUACGCACAGUGUACAGUACUCCACAGAAAUAGCUUCUAUAAUAGCUCCUGAUUCAAGAGAGAUAACAACUCUUUUUUUAAUGGAAAUGUAGUCACGAGUCUCAUCUAUCUACGGUAUACAUUUUGUUUAUUGGCUCUGUGUGAUUACUGAAAUACAACUAUUUUACGAUGAAGGAUCAUUUUUUGAAAUAUGAGGU